AAACAUUGACUUAUCCAAACCACGGUAAACCUUAAGACUGGUUAUUAGUUAUGUAUUAUAUUUUGGAAUAUACCAAGUUAUUAUUGACAUGUACACUGUGCUAUUCUCACCUGCUCAUUAGGACAGUCUAAUAAAACGUCUGGAUUGGUUAAAAGCUGAGAUCAGAAAAACAGAAGACAUGCUUUCAGAAGAACUAGACUCAAAGAAGGAUUACAAGGAUGGGUGUGAUACUGUUCAGAUGGAUAGAUCAACUAUAGACAGUUAUCCUACUUCAAGCUGCUAUGCUGACAGAAUUUAUAGUCUGACAUCACAGGAACGGUCGGAGGAGGAAGGUUCACUGGAGUUUGUAGAGGUGGAUCCAGAAAAUUCAAACACUCUUGAAGAUGCUCAUCUCACUCCCAGUGCAGAAGCUCAGCAGCAGAGCAGCAGAGCUGAGGCUGCUCUUCCUGCAAAGUUUGUUGAUCUUUCCUUCUGUCCUGAACUGGGAAACAAGCGGCUCAUUUUUUGUCCAGAGAAACGCAGUUUGGCAACACGCCUGGGGCACCAAGGAAGAACUACGCAUGGUCGUUUCGAUGCCUGUCAGUGGAUGGCGAAUCAGGAAUUAGGAGGAGGAUGCUUUUAUUGGGAUGUGGACACAACACACUGCACUGGAUGGGCUGUUGGGGUGGCAUAUUCCAGUCUGAUGCGUAGGGAUAGGUUGGGAAGAACUUCCUCAUCUUGGUGUUUGGAGUGGAGCAGCGGGCAACUGGGUGCUUGGCACAAUGAUUUAAAGACUUCUGUUAAGCAUCGUGUUCCUAGUAAUGUGCGAGUAAUUCUGGACAUGGCUAAAGGAAAGCUGUACUUUCAGAGUUUGUGUGAAAACCUGCUUGAAUUGCACUGUUUUAAGGUCAGUUUUUCUCACCCUGUCAGACCUGUCUUCUGGCUGUAUGGGUUAACACAAAACACCUUAUCCUUUCCUAAACAUUGAAUGUUGGAUAAAGGAUAAUAGAUUGGAAUAGUUUGUAGUAGUUAUGCACUUCAUUAUUUCAGAAUAUUUUGUUGAAAUCAGAAUUAUUAGCCCCUCUUUGAUUUUUUGAUUUUUUUUUUUAAAUUUGCCAAAUUAUGUUUAUUA